AUGGUUUUAAAAGUGCAAAAUUCAAAAACGCGCGAGAAACCACCGCUCACGCUCGCGCGAGCGGAACGUCUGUUCGAACUCGUGCGCGGAGGCGAGCGGGGUGCUUCGGACGAUGCGACGGCGUCGACGCUUCGGGCGAUCGCGAACGGUGGUGGGCGAGGGUACGGUGGAAACGUGGACGUGGAGGCGGAUGCGGCGCGGUGGUUGACGGCGGCGACGAGAGAAGCGUUCGGUGACGCGAGCGAUGACGACGCGUUCUCACCGCGAACGGGGACGAAGACGGGGACGAAGAGGAAUUUAUCGUCGCGGUUCGAUCCGGCUGGUGAGACGAACGAUGAGGAAGAGACGACGAGCGCGCCGCCGCCGGCAAAGCGAAGGAAAUUGACGAUGAUGGAGCGGUUGACUCGAAGAGUCGCGGUGGGCGCGGCUUCGAUCGUAUCGUCGCCGGAGAUUCGAAAAAUCGAUGGAACGCGGUACGAUAAGGCGGCGUGCGCCAUCGUGGACGAGAGUUUGGAAAGAUUGGGUCGAGUUGACCUGGCGUGCGUGCGUGCGAUGGAAUUGAGCGUCACAUCCACGGGUCGAGGGUACGGAUUCACUCCAGCGGGAUUGGAGACGCUUCGAAUGGUCCUCAACGGUGGCACUGGAGUCGACUACAAAUUUAACGUAGACGCCGACGCGCGCGCGCAUCUGAACGCGCUCAUCAAGGCUGAGGAGGAGCACGGACCGGAGGUGCUCAUGUCGGUGGACAAGCGCCGAAGACUCGCUCGCGCGCUGGCGAGAUUGAGCAAUUUGGGUCGUCCACCGCAAUAUCGCGUCAUCGAUCACGUCAAGUACGACGAAAAAAUAUGCUACAUCGCGGACGUCGCUAUGCAUCGAUUCGGAAAGAUUGACGCAUCGUGCGCGACGGCGAUGUAUGCCAGCGCACAGGACGGUGGUUCACAUUGGGGAGUCACUGAAAUUGAACUGCGUUCACUUCGCAUGAUCGCCGACGGAGGCGUAGGAGAAUUAUCUUACGUCGUCCUCGGGCCGGCGAAAAGGGUUCUGGAGGAUGCCAUCGCGAAGGAGGAGUUGAAGGCUGAGCAGCCCAAAGAGGCUGCAACUCCCCCGCCCAGUCGCACGCGGGGGAGGAUUUUGUCGCCACUUCGCAAGCUCGUGCGACGCAAGGAAUAUCGGUACAUAGAUUCGCUCAAGUAUGACGAAAAAGCGUGCUCGAUUGCGGAAGAAUGCAUGGAGCGCAUCGGUCGGGUCGACCUUAAGUGCGCAAAGGAGAUUCAUGAGAGCUUGGAUGGCGCGUUGUUUUGGGGAAUCACGUCGAUCGAGUACGUGACCAUCAAACUCAUCCUUGACGGAGGACGGGACGACGUGCUAUUCAUUUGCGAUGACGAUGCGCGAGCAUACUUGUUGGACGUUUUAGGGAGCAAGGCGCAACAGGAAGCGGCGAGCGUAACGCCGCCCCCGACGGUCACGGUGCACCAUCAGCAAGCUCCAGCGACGGAGUUGCAAUCGGCCCUCAAAGUCCCUCCGCCGUCGGCACUCAAGCAAUCGAUCAAGUCCAUGAAGAGGACGGGAGUGAAGUUUACGCCUGCGAAGCGUUUUGAGACGCGAACGUACAUUCCCAGCCCGGCGAGCGGGAAUAGCGAGCAUGAAGAUUCGUCCGACGAAGACGUCGAGGAGACGCCUGAUGAAGUCGUCAUCGAAAGCGAGGAAGAAGACGCACCGCCGGAGAUGGUAAAGACGAAGACGCACAACGUGAGGACGCGCGUUUUCCAUCUUCGAGAAACGUUCAUCGUGAAAGUCUUCAUGUGUACACUGCAAAUGUUCAUCGAACCCGUGACCGUGAUCGAUACCAUCGCCGCGUGUCUCAUCACACUGGCUGUUCUUCUCAUCGUGCACUUCUUCGUCAUCGCCGUGCUCGUCUAUUCCAUGGCGCCGCCCGCGCAAGUGUAA